AUGGCCGAAAAUGGUGCCGUCGCCGAACCGGUCGAGGAGCAGCAGAUUGACCGCAUCGACGAGGUGAUGCAGCGACCUUCCCUGCUGGACGUUGUGCAGGAGAGGGUUGUUACCGUCAAGGGAGACGCGGCGUGCAAGAUCCCCGGCGUAAUACCCGCGCGGAUCGUGAUGCUGUGCGAGAACCGCGAGAAGGUGACAGGCAGGGAUGAGGCGCAGGCAUUUUGGACGGAGAUCCUCACCGCGGCGGGGUCCGGGGAUGCGGACGCGAGGUGCGCGGUGCUGGCGUACCCUGAGGCGACGGUCGUCGCGGUGGAAGGGACCACGUCGACGGUGGGUGAAGUCGCGAAGGAGCUCGAGAGCGCGCACGAGAGAGUCGCAGCGGACAAGGGACAGUACACCAGCAUCAGGGUGGUCAGCACCACAGAAGACAUGGCCAAGUUCGUGCUGCCGGGCCCCGGAGUGUACGCGUCCUUCGUCAACUCGCCGACGGCUGAGGCGUACGAGGAGUUGGAGCCGGAGAGGGUGUUUAAGGCGACGAGCGCCGUGAACGUCGCCGUGCUUGGUCUGGGCAUGAAGCUCAGGGGGAUGAGCUCGGGGGAGAGGGAGCUCGCUCUCAAGGACAUAUCUGCGGUGGCGCCUGAGUUGCCCACGCUCAAGCAGCUCAUGGGUCUGUUGAAACAGCCGGAGGGUGCACCGACGCUCACCGAGUUCCUCGAGGUGUACGACUCGCCCUUGGACGUGGAUCUGGACGGAGAGAACGUGUGGCCGAUGCCCUCGACGCUCAAUUUUUAG